GUGAGGUCCCGAGCCUGCCCGGGGACGCCGCGCGCACGCGCAGUGGCUCCGAGUGACAGAACUGGGCCCUGGUUGACGGCCGCGCCUUCGUCCCUUUUCCUCAGAGCCCCGCUUGAGGCGGAGUCGCGUUGACUGACCAGAGUCCGCGAUCCCCGCUUCCCUCAGCCCCUCAGCUUCAUCCCUCUAAAGAUCGUACCUUGACCAGAAAUGUCUCUUCACCAGUUCUUAUUAGAGCCAAUAACCUGCCAUGCCUGGAACCGAGACCGAACUCAGAUUGCAAUUAGCCCAAAUAACCAUGAAGUUCACAUCUAUAAGAAGAAUGGUAACCAGUGGAUAAAGGCCCAUGAGCUGAAAGAGCACAACGGACAUAUCACAGGGAUUGAUUGGGCCCCCAAGAGUGACCGCAUCGUCACCUGUGGUGCUGACCGCAAUGCUUAUGUCUGGAGCCAGAAGGAUGGUGUGUGGAAGCCGACUCUGGUGAUUCUGCGAAUUAACCGAGCAGCCACUUUUGUGAAGUGGUCCCCUCUGGAGAACAAGUUUGCUGUGGGAAGUGGAGCUCGUCUCAUAUCUGUCUGCUACUUUGAAUCUGAAAAUGACUGGUGGGUGAGCAAGCACAUUAAGAAGCCAAUUCGGUCCACUGUCCUUAGCCUUGACUGGCAUCCCAAUAAUGUCUUGCUAGCAGCUGGAUCCUGCGACUUCAAAUGCAGAGUGUUUUCAGCCUACAUUAAGGAGGUUGAUGAGAAACCGGCAAGCACCCCCUGGGGCUCCAAAAUGCCAUUUGGGCAACUGAUGGCAGAAUUUGGUGGCGCCGGUAGCGGCGGAUGGGUCCACAGCGUCAGUUUUUCUGCCAGCGGCAACCGCCUUGCCUGGGUCAGCCAUGACAGUACUGUAUCGGUUGCGGAUGCUUCCAAAAACAUGAUGGUCUCCCAGUUGAAAACUGAGUUCCUUCCUCUCCUGAGCGUGUCGUUCGUUUCAGAGAACAGUGUGGUUGCUGCUGGCCACGAUUGCUGCCCGAUGCUCUUCAACUGUGAUGACCGUGGCGCCCUCACCUUCGUCUCCAAACUAGACAUUCCCAAGCAGAGCAUCCAGCGCAAUAUUUCUGCCAUGGAGCGCUUCCGCAACAUGGACAAGAGAGCCACCACUGAGGACCGUAACACCACGCUGGAGACGUUGCACCAGAACAGCAUCACCCAGGUGUCUAUUUAUGAGGUGGAUAAGCGUGACUGCCACAAGUUCUGCACCACCGGCAUCGACGGAGCCAUGACCAUCUGGGACUUCAAGACAUUAGAGUCCUCUAUCCAAGGCCUGCGGAUCAUGUAAAGGAGCCUCUCUGUUCUCUACCACGACAACUCGCUGUGGCGCCUGCACAGACUUGAAAAACGAGGGUGAAGAUGGGCUGCUUUGAAGCACUGAGAAAUUGGUGGAUUGGGGGGUGGGGGUGUUCCUCUAUUUCAUCGCUGCAAUUUGAAAUGUUUGGUUUGCAAAUUAGCUGUGAUUCUGGUAUAUAUUUGGGUUUUUUAUUGUUGUUAGUAGUGGUUUCAUUCCGUUCUUUACCAAAGCUGCUCCUUAAAAUAGUUUAUUGCGGGAAGUGUGAAUUACUAACUUAAAAGGGGAAUUUUGUGUAAACUGUCUGCUAGAAAAUUAAAAAAAAAAAUAGUUCCUGACUGAAGAUAAAAA